AUGAAGACAAGCCAUUGUUUAAUAGCUCUCAGCACGUUUGCUACUACUCUCGCGGCUUUGCCAGAUAUUGUAGCAAGAACACAACAACGAACCUUCUACGGUGUCCGAGUGCAUGACAAAGUAGAUGCCUAUCUUGGGAUUCCAUAUGCCAAACCUCCCCUCGGCGAUCUUCGAUUCCGCCCUCCACAACCUCUUGACAUCGGUGACGAACAUACAAUCGUCAAUGCAACUCAAUUCGGUCCUGUCUGUUAUCAGUUUCGAUAUAAGACCGUUUUAGGAGACAACCUAGCCCCAACUACCCCGGAGUCGGAGGACUGCUUGUCACUGAACAUCUUCACGCCACGUGGACGUCCAAAGUCCAGAUUGCUCCCAGUUUUGGUCUGGUUAUAUGGGGGUGCUUUCAACGAGGGAGGCUCGAGCGUUCCACUGUUCAACCCCACGGGGCUCGUCGCAAACCACGCCGAUAUUAUCGUUGUCACUUUGAAUUACCGUCUCAACGUGUUCGGAUUUCCCAACUCUCCCGCCAUUCCAAUCGACCAGCAGAACCUUGGUAUUCGAGACCAGCGAGCCGCACUGGAAUGGCUGCGCGAGAACGUCGCUGCAUUCGGUGGCGAUCCAACCAGAAUCACACUAGGCGGCCAAUCUGCAGGUGCGGACUCUGCUGCCUUGCUGACCUAUGCAUUCAAAGAUGACCCGAUCGUGCAAGGUCUGAUCCUGCAGAGCGGGAUUCCAGAAUAUGUCGGGCCCCAGGAUGAUUUUGUGUUCAUUCAGGCGGCAGAGAGAGUCGGGUGCAGAAAUGCCGCGAACAGGACCAAUGAGCUGAGUUGCAUGAAAUCAGUCCCUGCACUGAUUCUGCACAGAGCGCUUUCCAACCUUACGGUGAACCCAUUCGGAACGACCGGAGGCGCCCCCAUGAUUGAUAAUAUCACGCUUUUUUCGGCAGAAGAAUAUGGCCGUCUUGGAUCGGCUGGCUCUUUUGCGCGUGUUCCUGUCCUGAUGGGCAUCACAAACAAUGAAGGUGAUGGAGUUCUGAACUGGUCUGAAAAGGGCGUCAAUAAGACCCUCUCGGACAUCCUCACGACCACAUAUUUUAAUUGCCCCAUGUCUCAAGAAGCCUUUUUCCGGACGAAGCAUCAGGUUCCAGUGUGGAGGUAUCGCUACAUGGGAGUCUUCCCAACGAUCACAUUCUUCUCAUGGCUAGGAUCUUACCAUCAAGCGGAUAUUGCGCUUGCAUUAGGAUCAUACAGGCAUCUCAAACCUCACAAAAAGCCGCAGUGGUACGAAGUGGCUGCCAGCGAUUACCUCCAAAAAGCGUGGGCAGCAUUCAUCAAGUCUCCGACGGAUGGCCUGUCAAGGAAGAUGGGUUGGCCGAUAUACAAUCCGAAUGGUAUAGUCCCUAUGCUUUGUCAUCUCGUUCUGAAGCCGUGUCGGUAUGCUGAGAACCACUCUCUAGGUACAACGCUCGUCGAACUCUUCGCUAAUAACACUCCGACUGCUCGUCUCCGAGAGCCGGCUGAAUUUGAUGCUAUUUGCUCUCACCCACCUCCAAUUCCGUCCGACAUCUGGUCCCAAGGCCCUCCUUGA